UACGCCAUUGCGUAACCGCAGCGUCUGAUGAGCCCGUCCAUCCCAGGAAACAGAUUUCAUAUUUUUAGCCAUUUAUGCUGGGGAACCGCUGCACCUAGACGUAUGAAGAAAACAGCUAAUAUAUUAAAGUACAAUUUAAUGUUGUCCUGCCCUCAGUGGCUUAGGAAUGUCGCCAUGUUUUUGUUUUUGAUAAGGGCUUAGUUUCCUGUGUAGCUCACUGGGUAACAUUGGGGUCCCAGUCUUGUCUGCCUACAUUUCUAGGCAGAAAAGACGUUUAGACACAAUAUAUUUUUCUUUCACUUAGCUUUGGAGGCUGGCGGCAAGCCACUAAUUUACUCUGGAGCAGGACACGGAGGAUAGUAUGGCCAUGACAGGAGGGACUGCAGCAGCCCUCCCGAUGAGCAACCACACCCGAGAGAGGGUGACCGUGGCCAAGCUGACGCUGGAGAACUUCUACAGCACGCUGCUCACUCAGCACGAAGAGCGAGAGAUGAGGCAGAAGAAGCUGGAGAAGGCCAUGGAAGAUGAGGGCUUGCCAGAUGAGGAGAAAGUAAUGCGGCGUUCGCAGCACGCUCGCAAGGAGACGGAGUUCUUGAGACUGAAGAGGACGCGGCUGGGCUUGGAUGACUUUGAAUCCCUUAAAGUCAUCGGGCGUGGUGCUUUCGGAGAAGUGCGUUUGGUGCAGAAAAAGGACACAGGGCACAUUUACGCCAUGAAGAUUUUAAGAAAAGCUGACAUGCUGGAAAAAGAGCAGGUUGCACACAUCAGGGCAGAGAGGGAUAUUCUUGUGGAAGCAGACGGCGCCUGGGUAGUUAAGAUGUUUUACAGCUUUCAGGACAAACGGAACCUCUACCUCAUCAUGGAAUUUCUACCUGGAGGUGACAUGAUGACCCUGCUGAUGAAGAAGGACACCCUGUCAGAAGAAGCUACCCAGUUCUACAUAGCAGAGACAGUCCUCGCCAUUGACUCCAUCCACCAGCUGGGAUUCAUCCACAGAGACAUCAAACCAGACAACCUGCUGCUCGACUCCAGGGGACAUGUGAAGCUGUCUGACUUUGGCCUCUGUACCGGACUGAAGAAAGCUCACCGCACAGAAUUUUACAGAAACCUGACACACAACCCACCUAGUGACUUCUCUUUUCAAAACAUGAACUCCAAGCGGAAAGCAGAAACCUGGAAAAAGAACCGGAGACAGCUGGCUUAUUCCACAGUGGGAACACCAGACUACAUUGCACCUGAAGUCUUCAUGCAGACGGGCUACAACAAGCUGUGUGACUGGUGGUCUCUAGGCGUCAUUAUGUACGAAAUGCUAAUCGGCUAUCCGCCAUUUUGCUCGGAGACGCCGCAGGAGACGUAUCGGAAAGUGAUGAACUGGAAGGAAACCCUUGUCUUUCCACCUGAAGUCCCAAUCUCAGAGAGAGCGAAGGACAUGAUAUUAAGGUAUUGCACUGAUGCAGAGAACAGAAUUGGUGCCGGCAGUGUGGAGGAGAUCAAAAGCCAUCAGUUUUUUGAGUCCGUGGACUGGGAGCACAUCAGAGAGCGACCUGCAGCCAUCUCCAUUGAAAUCAAAAGCAUUGACGACACGUCUAAUUUUGAUGACUUCCCCGAAUCAGACAUCCUCCAACCAGCCAAUGCGACAGAACCCGACUUUAAGUCCAAGGAUUGGGUGUUUCUCAACUACACUUAUAAGCGCUUCGAGGGCCUGACUCAACGAGGCACCAUUCCCACAUACGUGAAGCCCGGGAAGGCCUGACAAGCUCAAACAGGGAGGACAAACAAAAAACAUUUACGGACUAACAGGGUCAGGCAUCGGAAGGCUCUGGCUGGUUCUGAAGGCCGAAACGCCUCUUCGCCCGCCGACUGUACGUAUAACUCACCCUCAUCACAAGUCAUUAUUGCCCGCAAAGGUUAGUUACCGCAUUACCUCGUUUGUGUCAUAUACUGUACAUGACAGCUCUCAGGCCAGCUCAGCAGAGUGUAUGUGCAUGCGCCAUCUCAUAAAGGCUAAAUCACUGCUUCCACAUUUAACAAUGGUAGCUAAACUAGCUUAUGCAAAACAAGUCCACCAUUUAUACACUUGGGAACAUUCUGGAACAAACCACAUGUCCUUUUUAAAAAGAAGGUUUCAGCAUUAUUUGCAUUGUUUCAUUCAUUUUCAAACAGUUUUAGUGUUUAUCCACAACAGUAGCUUAUGGCGUAAUUCUUGAAUUUAAAAAAACCACAUGCAAAUUAAAGCUCCCUUUUUUCCCCCCCGUCAGAAAAAAACAAAACAGCAUGACUGCAGGGGUCAUUAGCGCACCAUGGUGGCAUCUGUAAAGCUGAACUGUAUGACAGAGUGGCUGCCAAACAUUUCAGCAUUUCCUGGUAAAAGGAAUAGCAGAUGAAUUCCAUGUUGCACACAACAUAAUAGACCUAUAUUAUGUUAUAAUAUGUGUGCUUUAGGCUGCACGGUGGCGGGUGGUUAGCACGCAGACCUCACAGCUCGGCCCUGGUUCAAUUCCACCAUAGGCCAUCUCUGUAUGGACUUUGCAUGUUCUCCCUGUGCAUGUGUGGGUUUUCUCCGGGUACUCCGGUUUCCUCCCACAUUCCAAAAACAUGCUAGGUUAAUUGGCGACUCCAAAUUGUCCAUAGGUAUGAAUGUGAGUGUGAAUGGUUGUUUGUCUAUAUGUGCCCUGUGAUUGGCUGGCGACCAGUCCAGGGUGUACCCCGCCUCUUGUCCGAAGACAGCUGGGAUAGGCUCCAGCACCCCUGCGACCCUCAUGAGGAUAAGCGGUAGAAAAUGAAUGAAUGAAUGAAUGCAUGCUUUAUAUGUGAGGGAAGUGCAUUUAUACAAACAAGGCCUCCCCCUAAUGAAUGCCUUAUCCUGAAUAAUUGCCUCCUAGUCUCUGCAGUUGAGUAAUGAACAUCCAUGGCCACUUUAUGAGGAAAUACAGUAUAAAAAUUACUCAGGAAAUAUUGUGUAUAUAUGUAUUGUUGAGGAUUUAGGGUUGUCUCAAGAGUGUAUCUCUAGCCUUUAGAUGUUACAGGGUAAGUAAAGUAGGCGUAAAGUAGCUUUACCAUUUCAGUUUAUUGUCACAUCAAAACACAACAAAUCAAAUCAUGCUGGAAUCUUCCUCGUGCUGUGCAAAAAAAAAAAAAGACCCUGCAGGAGCAUUUUAGGUCAAGUUAACAUGCUGAUCCAUGUCACUCGUCACUCUUACACUGUACUGACAGUCCC